AUGGCACGGGAACUCAAAACCUGGGCCUUCUGGCGGGCCGUGCUGGCUGAACUUCUGGGCAUGACCCUCUUCAUAUUCGUCGGUAUUUCAGCUGCGAUCGGGAAUAAGAACAACGUCGGCCCGGACCAAGAGGUUAAGGUGGCGCUGGCCUUCGGCCUGGCGAUCGCCACCUUAGCACAGAGUCUGUGCCACAUAAGCGGAGCCCACCUGAAUCCAGCGAUCACCCUGGCGACGCUGGUCAGCUGCCAGAUCAGCGUGUUCCGCGCUCUGUUGUACAUCUUGGCGCAAAUGCUCGGGGCGAUCUUUGCGAGCGGCAUAGUGUACGGAGUGAAGCCGAGUAACAUAGAUUCACUUGGUGUCAACAAGCUGAAUGAUAUCGACGUGGCCCAAGGCUUUGGCAUAGAGCUCCUGGCCACCUUCCAGCUGGUACUGUGCUUCUUAGCCACCACAGACAAAAGACGGCGUGAUGUCACUGGCUCCGCCCCCCUGGCCAUCGGCCUCUCGGUUGGCGUGGGGCACCUGGCAGCUAUCAGAUACACUGGUUGUGGGAUUAACCCUGCCCGUUCCUUUGGGCCAGCUGUCAUUCUGGACGCCUUCGAAAACCACUGGGUGUACUGGGUGGGACCUGUGACAGGAGGUGUGGUGGCUGCCCUUGUUUAUGACUUCCUCCUCUACCCCAGAUUAGACGACCUUACUGAGCGCUUGAACGUUCUGUGCUGGGGCCCUGAAGAGGCGGCCCCUGCCCCAGAACCACUGCUUGAAGGUUCUGCCGCUGCUCAGUGGGCCAAAGGGUGA